AACCACAACCAAGAUCAUUUGAGUUUUCCUACAAGAAGAGAGCUGCCUAAGUUUUUAUUCAUAAAAAUGAGUUUUGUAAGCAUGAAGAUCCCUUUGAUUGAUUUGAGCAACCUAGGAGAAAAUGAUUCUACAAGGUGGGAAUCAACCAAAAUCCAAAUUCGAGAAGCCCUUCAAGAAUAUGGGUGUUUCGAAGCUACAUUCAAUAACAUUAUUCCUCUUGAGUUGAGGAAAUCAGUUGGUGAUGGGAUUCGACAACUUUUCGAUCUCCCUUUAGCCACCAAACUACUUAACAAAAAUCCACAAAUACCUUUACAUAGCUAUGUUGGCCGAAACGAUUCCAAUACACUCGUAGAAAGUAUAGCCAUUGAUGGCGCCCUCUCGCCUCACGAAGUCGACACCUUCACCAACCUCAUGUGGCCUGAUCAAGGCAAUCCCACUUUCAGCAAAGAUAUACUAUUAUACUGUGGGAAACUGUCUAAAGUUGACAAGAUUGUGAGGCGGAUGGUAUUGGAGAGUCUUGGACUGGAAAAAUACAUAGACGAACAGAUCAACUCCACAGAUUACGUCUGUCGUAUCCAGAAGUACGAGGCGCCUCGAACGCCUCACUCAACACUCGGAUUAUAUUCCCAUACAGAUAAGAACAUCAUGACCACACUGCAUCGGCUCAAUCAUGUUAACGGUUUGCAGGUUCUUUCCAAAGAUGGCAAAACUUGGAUCCCUGCAGAUACAACAUCACUCGAUUCAAUCAUUGUCAUGGUCGGGACCACUCUCCGUGCAUGGACAAACGGGCGACUGCAUGAUCCAUUGCACAGGGUGGUGGUUAGCGGGAAUGAAACUCGAUACACUAUCGGAUUGUUUACGGUUGCAAAAAAAGGGUACGUGAUUAAGACUCCGGAAGAGUUGGUGAACGAAGAUCACCCUUUGCUCUACAAGCCUUUUGAUUACUAUAAGUUCAUUAAUUUUACUAGCACAGAUGCUGGUAGGGCUUCGCCGGAUCCUCUCAAGGAAUAUUAUGGAGCCUAAAUUCCAUGAUUAUCAGCUUAUAUGUCUGCUUGUUUGGGUGUUUAAUUUCUUGUUAAUUUACUGUUAUAAUAAUAGAAGCUCCUGAUGCUUCACAUAAAUGUGAUAGAUAAGCUCAUCUUCGGGUUUUCUUUGUUGGUUCUUUUCCGGAUCGCUAAAGAAGAGUCGAACCACAUAUUAGAUAGAUAGUAUAUAAUUGGAAUUUGUAUUCAUUCAUAAUGGUGAAAUACAUCCUCUUACUCUCCGACUCUCUAUCCUCUAAAAAAUUAUUUUCAACAUUAUUUAGUUUUUGAUAUUUUGUAAAAAUAAAUAUGAAAUGGUUCUUUGCUUCAAAAAAGAAAUAGCUUGAU